GCAGCACUAAACACAAAAUGGGCAAUGCAAGUACUUAGUUUACAUUCGAGAGGUGUUGGUGUCGGAAAGGUACUGAAAGAUGCCCGUGCGUCCCUUAACUCCCGAACUAGCCGAGAAAGCUCGGGUGGAGCUGAAUGAAGAUCCCAAGAGGAUCGAGAGUGAUAUACAGCAUCUGAAGGACUGGAUAGCCAAACAACCUCAUUUGAGGGCAAGGACAGAUGACCAAUGGCUGGUUGUGUUCCUACGAGGCUGCAAGUACAGCCUGGAGAGAGCCAAGGAGAAGUUGGAUCUCUACUACACAAUGCGUUCUGCCGCCCCGGAGUUCUUCACAAAGCCAAGCGAUGCACUAUUCUACGAAAUGCUUGAUAUCUCUCCUAUGAUAAUGAUUCCCAAGCCCCCGGGUCCCGCGUCGCCCCUGAUCGCUAUAAUCCGGCCCGGUGUCUACGACCCGAGCAAAUACUCGAUGAUGGACAUCAUGGCUUGUUCUGGUAUCAUGCAAAAGAUAUUACUUUUAGAAAAUGACAAUUAUGUCGUUGCGGGAGGCACAUCUAUAAUGGAUCUCGAAGGAGCAACUAUGGCGCACUUUAUGCAAAUGUCACCAAUGCAGAUGAAGAAAAUGACUGUAUUUUCACAGGAUGCUGCGCCUAUUCGAAUGAAAGGGUUCCACUAUGUCAACUCACCAUCAUUUUUCACAACCAUAUUCAACACUUUCAAAGCGUUCCUUAAUGAAAAAAAUCGAAGUAGAAUAGCGUUUCACUCGAGUUAUGAAGAGCUCUACAAGACUAUUCCUAAAGAGUACUUGCCUGCCGAGUAUGGAGGCACUGCGGGCACUAUCAAAGAAAUUGCAGACUACUGGAAAAAGAAGUAUGUGGAGUACAAAGAUUGGUUGGAGGAAGAUAUGCAAUUUGGCACCGAUGAAAGCAAGCGUCCCGGUAAACCGAAGACGGCUGAAGAUAUGUUUGGAAUCGAAGGAUCCUUUAGGCAGCUAGAAUUCGAUUAGUUUAUUAUUCUUUAUACCUAUCACACACUCAAAUUUAUGGCAAUAUUAACUUAGAUAUCAGCUCCAUAAAGUUUAAAUAAAUAUAAAUAUUAAAAUGUCUGCCAUGUUAAAUUAAUUUAAAAAGUCUAGCCUAUGAUGUGUGCUUUUUAAAAGCCUGUAUGUAAAUAAUAAAUUACUUUUACUUUUAAAAAGUAAAUGUUCAAAAGAAUUUGUAAACCGAUAGGCUUUUGAAGUUUUCAAUAUUGCUUUAUGGCUAAGAUAAAAGUGCAGUUUUUCAAUGUCCUUUUUGGUAUUUUAAACAUCAUCUAAAUAUGAAACAAAUUAAAGGAUUAUCUCGAUUUAAAAUUUUAUAUUUUUAUACAAUAAAUAUUUUAAGUUUA